AUGAAUAGUGUGGAGUAUAUUGCUCGGAAGCUAAAUAUAAAUUAUUUUACUGCUCUGCAGAACUGGUUCUCGCCACUCCCGAGGGAGCUGGGAUCCUCGGGGGGCGCUCGGCGCGUUCUCGACAGCCGGUGCGAGUGGCGAGGCGAGGUGGUGCCCUUUUAUGAAGUCGCUGGAAAAGGGCUUGGGAAGUUGGGCUGCGGCGCAAACGGAGGACGGCGCAGGCGGCCGGGGGUGCUGGGAAAGGCCGUCGGGCGAGAGAGCUCCUCACCCCCUUUCUUCCUCUCCCCAGGGGAGCUGAGCCAUGAGCUGGCCGGGAUUGACAAUGAGAGCACAAUGGGGCCCUUUCCCGGCCCCCACUGGCUCUGCGUGGGGCUCCUCUUGGGUGCGCUACGGCCCGGCGUGGGCACCACGGAAGACCGCACGGGGGAGGCGCAAGGGAACGGGCCGCUGCCGCCUCCCCGCUUGGCCACCCCAGUGCCCUUCCAGGCGGCUGGGCAAGGCCAGUGCGUGUCGGCCUGGGCCUCCUCUUGGCGGGUGGCGGCUCCUGGCUGCCGCAGCUCAGCAGCGUUGGCAUGGCCCCACGUGGGGCCUGCAGGCCAAUUGGCAGAGACGGGAGGAACAUCGCCAGAGGAAGCGGAGGCUACACAAAACCGGCACGCCAUGGCAGCAGCUGCUAAUACCCGAUUACCUCGAAGUUUGCCUCCAGUUCCUUCUACUUCCCAAGCAAGCUUUACGGAGUUUACCAUGAGAGAACGCAUGAGAGAGAAGCUCAAAGCUGCACGGUCUAGAGCAGAAAGCGCUUUGCUGGAAGAAGUCUCAAGUUCACGGUCUCUGAAAAGUUUCAGAGAGAGGAAAUCACACAUUAGACUGGUAAAUGAGGUGGGCGAAGAUGAAGCCAGUGUCACAGAAGAGAAUGAAUCCACGAUAUCUGCAAGAGUAAAGCUACAUGAUUCUGCCAGGAAAAUGAAGCAGAAAUCCCAGAUCCAAACAGGUUAUCCUUCUUCCGAAGAAGCCUACAACUUCUUCACUUUCCAUUUCGAUCCUGAGCCAGAGAACAUAGGGGAAGAAACUCAGGAGAAGGAAAACAACAUCUCUGACCUGGGUGACAAGGAGGUGGAAGAGCAGGAGUCCAACAGCGGGCAGCAGGAAGGACAAAUGGAGGGUGAAACGAGCGAAGAGGAGCAUCUAGUGCAUGAUAAAGAGGACGAUGACUUACUCCUCCUUGAGCAGGCAGCUGCCGACUUCCUAGUGGUGAAACCAGCUGAAUACGAGAGUUACUCCGGACGCGUACGGAAGGAGAGGGAACUCUUCUUCAUUCCCAGCAAGCUCAGAGUGCCUGCCUCUCUAAAGGUACCUGAAAAUAUGCAGCCACGGUACCUUGAGGACGAAGGCCUGUAUACAGGAGAGCGGCCGGCCGUGUCUCUGCCGAACCAAAACAUUAUGGAGAACCGGCUGCUCCGGCAGGAACAGGGGAAAAAAUGGUUUGGAGACGAUGGCAAAAUUUUGGCUUUGCCCAGUCCGGUGAAGCAGUCUUGCACAAGGCCUCCGAUAUUCUCAGUGGAGGAAGGUAAAGAGCCAGAACUGGAGACGUUGUACAGAAAGGCUAUGAAAAUGAUGCCUGCAAGUCAGUACAUGGUGGGAUCAGGGGACCCUGCAGGGCAGUUUCAGUUGGAUGUCGAUAUUUCUGGAUUAAUAUUCACUCAUCAUCCCUGCUUUAGCCGUGAGCAUGUCUUGGCGGCUAAACUGGCUCAGUUGUAUGAUCAGUACCUCUUGAGGAGACAGAGAAAUCUUUCCAAACUGCUUACAGAUAAGCUGCAUGCACUGAGAAAUGCCCUGCACAGUAUCUUGGGUGCCAGUGAAAUGGGGACCUUUCACCCAGUUGCACAACAGACAAUUACUGAAUAUAUGCUUGAAAUAAGGGAAACGCGCAAACUUCGUGAUGCAGAGCAAGAAAGAGACCGGGUGUUGCUGAAGGCCAUGAUCAAGGUGUGGAAGGAGAUCAAAUGCCUGCGUGACUUCCAGAAGUAUACUAACACACCCCUGAAGCUCUGCUUGAAAAAGGAAGAAGUGGAUAAGCAGAUGGAUGAGAAGGCUUACGAGGAAGAAAUCCAGGCUGAAAUAGCUGAAUUAAUGGAGGAAUUCUUGGAGGAGUAUGAAAAGAAAAUGCAAGACUACAAAACGGAACUUCAGGAAUGGAAAUCUUGGAAGGAAGCUCAGAAGUCCAGGAAGAGCAAGAAGAAAAAGAAGAAGAGAAGCUCCAGUCUGAGCCCAGAGGAUGAAGAAAUGGAAGAGCCAGAGUGUCUUGAGGAGCGUGUGAAGCCUGUUUCUCCCCCAGGGGUCGACAGGCUGCAGGUGGAGCAGCAGGUGCGGGAAAAAGCCGCCAACAUUCGACGGAGACCCGGGGAACCAGCUCUGAUUCCUGAGCUGAGCCUAACUGGGAACAUCACUCCGACUGAGCUUUGUCCUAG